CUUCCUGAGAGGAGGACAGAGCUUUCUGGGAGCAGGAGAGCAGAGCAGUAGAACAGUCCCAGCCUCAACUCUUCAGGUAACUCAUUGGACACCACCAUGUCUGUCCUGUACCCAUCACUAGAAGACCUGAAGGUAGACAAAAUCUAUCAGGCUCAGGCUUCCGUGAUUCCCAACAUGGUGGCCCACCCAGCCCAAGAAAACUCAUCCUCACAACCCCUUUUGUACCCAAAUUUGGCUGAAUUAGAAAGUUACAUGGGUCUCUCUCUCUCAAGUCAAGAAGUCCAAGAGAACCUGUCCUUGACUCCAGGAAGCAACAAUCAAGUGGCCACUCUCACCGGACAAGGUCAGAUGGUAGCCCCAGUGACUGGAAAUAACUUGGGCAUCCGAAGAGCUGAGAUCAAGCCGGGCGUACGAGAGAUCCACCUGUGCAAGGAUGAGAAGGGGAAGACUGGGCUGGGUCUGCGAGCCAUUGACAAGGGCCUGUUUGUCCACUUGGUUCAGGCCAAUACUCCAGCCUCCCUCGUGGGCCUGCGCUUUGGGGACCAGAUCCUGCAAAUUGACGGGAGAGACUGUGCAGGGUGGAGCGUGGACAAGGCCCGCAAAGUGGUGAAGAAAGCCUCACCUGAGAAGAUCGUCAUGAUCGUGAGGGACAGGCCUUUCCAGCGGACCGUCACACUGCACAAAGACAGCAACGGCUUUGUGGGCUUCGUAAUGAAGAAGGGGAAAAUUACUUCCAUUGUCAAAGGCAGCUCUGCAGCCCAAAACGGGCUCCUCACCAACCACUACAUCUGCGAGGUGAAUGGGCAGAAUGUCAUUGGACUGAAGGACAAAGAGACUGCGGAGAUCCUGGCCACAGCCGGAAAUGUGAUUACCCUCACCAUCAUCCCCACGGUGAUUUAUGAGCACAUGAUUAAAAAGCUUUCUUCGAACCUGUUGCGUAAUUCCAUGGAUCAUUCUAUUCCUGACAUCUGAAGCCAAGGACCUGGGCAGCCUGAAGCUCCAGGCCCUCCUUCCUGUCCUUCCAUAGGGGAACCCUAUGACAUUUCAAAGGAUGGGAUGGGACAGUUGACAUCCCUCUAGGGGCCCCCUUAACCCUUUUGGGGGGCCAUUUCUGCCAUUUCAGGGGAGGGGGUGGGAAUGAGCAGCAUUCCAUGUUAUGAUUUCUUUCUUCUAGCUGGCUGAGAGGGAGGUCUUUGAUCCUGCUGCAGGUUGGGAAGACAGGGUCCUGGAAGGACCUAUGCAUGCCAAGGGGUUAGGGAAAGAAAUGUAACCUGGAGCAAGCCCAUAGCAAAAUCUUCAUGUCUAUACACCUAGAAGAAUGAAUUCUGGAAAUACUAACAGUCAUAUGCUCUCCUGGGGCCUUCAGACAUCAAGCAGAGAAGGAAUGGGCAUGGACAUAACCCAUUUCACAUUGUCUUUGCAAAAGACCUGGUGAAAGUAGCAUUGUAGGAGGACUUGGGAUCAAAGUGGAAGGAGAGCUAAAAGGGGUCUCAGGAGGCCUUCUGCUCCAAGCCCUCAAUACUUAGCACCAAAUUUAUAAGUAUUGUGAUACAACCAAGCAAAUUAGAGCUUAAGGAAGCCACAGGACACUCAAUUCUGCCGCCUCGCCCCCAUCGCCCUUUACCUGUCACCCCAGGAUUUUGUGGCAGUGGAUUUUAAUAUAUUCAAGGAGGUUGAUAGAGGGGGUAAGCCUCAAUACUGGGCAGAGUUUGAAGAGUUGAUGCUCAAAAGGGAAUGAACUGGAUAGAGCUCAGUUUUCUGUCUUAGCUCUUUGCCAUCUUUGCAAUAGAACUUUUAAAAAAAAAGAUAUUAAAGCGAGCUCCAGGAUGAUGAGUAACCAAGCAAUCAAUCAACAUUUAGUAGGCACCUACUGCGUGCCAGGCACUGUAUAUUGUGCUUUAUUGAUUGAGUGAAAAUGAUUUGAAAAUAAGGCGUACCCCAUUAUGAUGACACCAACAUGGUUGGUAAAACAACACCAAAAAAAGCAGCCAAACUUAGAAGAACUUCAAGAACAGACGAUGAAGCAGUUGUUCUGAGGGGCUUCUGCUGGGGGAGGGUUUUCCAGUAUCAACCUAGACCCACCAUCUUGCUCUGUAGCUUUCUCCACUCCCGUAGCUUUCCACCUCCAAUUCUGGGAACAUUCCCAGAAAGGACAAGUCAAUCUCUCUCUCUGGCUCCAUUCUUCAACACUGCGACUUUCCAGACCAAGAGUCCUCCCUAGCCACAACUUCCCCAAACAUGUCUUCUUUCCCCACUGGAAUAUAAGGGACCGCCAUGCUUUUUGUAUCUGUUAUCAUUUCUUAGCACAGUAUCUGGUGCAGAGUAAGUGUUGAAUAAAUGAUUAUUCAUGUA